UUUCGGAGCCGCCAAGCUGGAGCUAGAACUGGAGCGCCGCGGGGCUGUGGCCCCGACGACUGGGCAGCGUCUCCUGCAGGACGCCGAGGUCCCAGCGGCGCGCAGUGAGCUGGAGGCGGCCGGGCGCGGCGGCAGAACCCGGGGCGUGCUGCUCUGGCUAACCACGCUGGUCCUGUACGCCUCCUUCGUGGGGCUGGGAAUAAGCACUGCUAUCCUUGGGCCUACAUUCCAAGAUUUGGCGAGAAAUGUGAACCAAAACAUCAGUAAUCUUUCUAUCAUUUUCGUGGGCCGCGCCUCUGGAUUUUUAUGUGGCACUAUGAUUGGUGGAGUUCUCCUUGACUAUAUGAACCCUUUUUUACUUUUGGGUGUGUCAAUGGUAGCUACUGCAGUUGGAUUUUAUCUCAUUCCUUUGUGCAAGAAGGCAUUUUUACUGAUUAUCAUGAUGGCUGUGUUUGGUGCUUCAAUUGGUGUUGUGGAUACAGGUGGGAACGUCCUCAUCUUGGAUCUCUGGGGGGACAAAGGAGCCCCACAUAUGCAGGCCUUGCACUUCAGUUUUGCCUUGGGUGCCUUUCUGGCUCCCCUGCUGGCUAAGUUGGCCUGGGGUACAGAAUCUGCCCAGAACCACACCCAGUCCGACUUUGACCCUCUGAUGCUGAACCGAUCCUCCAAAGGCUCCUCAGACUCUGUGUUCGCGCUACCCGAUGACAAGAAUCUGCUGUGGACAUAUGCUUCUAUCAGCACCUAUGUUUUAGUAGUGUCUGUCUUUCUGUUUGGUCUGUUUUGUAAGAAACGCUCAAAGCAGAAAAAAUCCUCAGCAUCUGCUGAGGGAGCUCGAAGGGCUAAAUAUCACAGGGCCCUGCUAUGCCUCCUCUUCCUCUUCUUCUUCUUCUAUGUGGGAGCCGAGGUGACCUACGGCUCUUAUGUAUUCUCCUUCGCUACCACCCAUGUUGGCAUGGAAGAGAGUGAGGCAGCUGGCUUGAACUCCAUCUUCUGGGGAACCUUUGCAGCUUGCAGGGGCCUGGCCAUCUUCUUUGCGACAUUGUUACAGCCUGGAACCAUGAUUGUGCUGAGCAACAUUGUCAACCUGGCCUCAUGUUUCUUUCUGGUGCUUUUUGACAAGAGCCCUCUUUGUCUCUGGAUUGCGACUUCUGUGUAUGGAGCCUCAAUGGCAGCCACGUUUCCCAGUGGCAUCUCCUGGAUUGAGCAGUACACCACCUUAACUGGGAAAUCUGCAGCAUUCUUUGUAAUUGGUGCUGCCCUGGGAGAAAUGGCCAUUCCAGCAGUGAUCGGAAUUCUUCAGGGACACUACCCAGAUCUGCCAGUAGUUCUGUACACAUGUCUGGGCUCAGCCAUAUUCACAACUGUUUUAUUUCCUGUGAUGUAUAAAUUAGCCACCUUGCCCCUACAACGCCAGAGCAAAGGAAGGUAGAGCAAGGACCAGAAAGGUUGCGCUCCACAUAAAUGGAAACAUGCAGAAAAGUGGGAUGGAAUGGAUUCUGAAGUAGUUGAAAUGAAGAAUACAAGGCAUUCUGUAAUAGAGAACUCUAGAAAUAUUCUGAUUUGGUACAGCCCACAGCCAACACCUCUAAGGCAAUUAUGAAAUGCCUCUGUGUUUGAGCCCUCUCCAAUUAAUAGAGGCAAGUCCCUUGUGAUACACCAGGAGAAAAUAGACAAAUAUUUGGAGAAGACAAAUUGUUUAAUAAAUGCAUAGUUGCUACUCUCGAGGAAUCCAGGCCAGGUGGAGCCAUAGCAAUUUAUGAUCAAUUUCUAGAGAUCAAAGUUUCCAUGUAUAACUGCUGAAAUGUUUUGACUAUUCUGGAAUUUCUAGAGUCUUCUAUAAUGUACCAUGUUGUAAUGAGCGUAUUCAAAAAUGCCUUUAGACAUGCAAAACUGGCUUAGUCAGGAUCCCCACCAUGCCUAGGACUGCAUCUGAUAACCAGAACCCAGUGACAUCACUCACUUAAGACAAUCAGACACAGUCCUAGAACCCCAACCCCGUGGCACCCAGUGGACAGUGUAUAAGCAGAGACCAAGAGCAAUGCUCACUCUGCACAUCUGGAGAGAUGUCACUGUGCUCUGCCCUACAGCUGGAGAGUCUCCCCCAGAUGCUGACCCUCAAGUCAGAGACUACUCUUAGAGACUGGACCUGAACUUCUGCUAAGAUUCACUGCACAGGCAAGCAGUCUGGGGGAGAUAGGAUUAGGACCAUAUUUAGUGUGUGAACAUUGUAUAAAGAAUCUCAGCAUAAUAAAAUGUAACUUUUGUUAUACU